UGUGCACACGAGUUUAACACAGUAGCACACACAGCGAACAUGGCAGGACUGGAAUUACUUUCCGACCAGGGAUAUCGUCUGGAUGGAAGAAAAGCCACCGAACUUCGCAAAGUUCAAGCCCGCAUGGGUGUUUUCGCCCAAGCCGAUGGCUCUGCAUACAUAGAGCAGGGAAAUACCAAGGCCCUCGCCGUUGUGUAUGGUCCACAUGAAGUGCGUGGAGGCCGCAGUAAGAUUCUUUAUGACCGAGCAGCGAUCAACUGUCAGUACAGCAUGGCCACUUUCAGCACUGCAGAGAGGAAAAGAAGACCCCAUGGAGACCGAAAGUCCACAGAGAUGAGCCUUCACCUCAAGCAGACAUUCGAAGCCGCUGUGUUGACUCAACUGUACCCUCGCUCGCAAAUAGACAUCUAUGUUAAGAUCUUGCAGUCAGACGGUGGGAACUACAGUGCGUGUGUGAACGCUGCAACCCUGGCAGUGAUCGACGCAGGCAUCCCCAUGCGGGACUACGUGUGUGCCUGCACAGCUGGCUUCGUGGACGAGACGCCCCUGGCAGACCUGUGCCAUGCAGAGGAGAGUGGAGGGGGCACGUCGUUGGCCUUGGCUCUGCUGCCGCGCGGGGGUCAGAUCGCUCUGCUGCAGAUGGACGCCAGACUCCACCAGGACCACCUGGAGACGCUGAUGGAGGCAGCCAUGACUGCAUGCAAGGGAGUGAGCAAGGUUUUGGACGAGGUGGUCCGGCAACAUUUACAGGAAGUGUCGGUGCUGACUGGAGAGUGAUGUGGGACACAGUACUUAGACUGAUGGGUUGAGAGCUGUGGAGGGGCUGAGUCUGGAAGUUUUUUUUUUCAUUUACUUAUGCAUUUGUAAUAAAUACGGUAAACACAUUAAA